AUGCCUUUAAUAGCAAUUUGUAGCAUUGAUCGAUUUGGGUCCACAUAUCCAUUAGUAUUCGCACUUGUAUACUCAGAAACACAAGAUUUUUACAGUUGGGUACUACAACAACUAAGUCAAGUUCUAGUUGUAUUUACUAGUAAUGCACAAGCAUCAGUUGUGUACAUGGCACAUUUUAAAAAUAUUAGAAAUAAAUUUCAAAAGGAUGUUGAUAUUGAUGAAUUUACUAAGGUUGUUCAAAAACUUGUCUAUAGCGAUCUUCAGAAAAACCAAAUUGAGCAAGAGCUUAAAUUGUUAUGGAAUCAAUUUCCAAAUGCAAAAGUAUAUAUGUGCGAGACAUGGAUACCACAUAAAACAAGUUGGCUUGCACCUUAUACAAAAUGCAACAUAAAUCUUGACAUAAGAUCAAGUCAACGUGUUGAGAAAUUCACUCAAAAACAAGCAUAUGAAACAUUUAUACAUCAAAAUAAAUACACACAUGAUGGAACAGAUACUGGUUUAGAAAAGCUAAGAUUAGUGUACUCACGAUUUGCAUUCAUAACAUUUAUAAAACCACAAGAAGAACUUGCUAAAUCUAAUAUUUAUAAAAUAUUUGAAACACCUGUACAUGCUUACACCCACGAUGAACUAGAACUUCAUGCCGGCAUAUUAUUUGCUUUUUCAAAUUUGAUACAGCAAGUUUCAGAAUACAUCACUGAGUAUGGAGAAAUGCCAAAACUUUCACAAAGAGACCAAAUAAAUACAAAGGCAAUUUUUGAAACAAUUAAUAUUAAAAAUACUGCAAGCUAUGAUAAAAUCCAGAUGCCAGAAAUUAAGCAUUCAUGUAAAAUCUUUUAUCAAACAAAAAUUAAAAAAAAUGAUUUUAUUGCUCUUAAAACAACUAGUAUUAGUAACAUGGUUAAUAAUGAUAAAGUUAAAAUAUUACCAAUUAAACACGGUCGACCACCAAAAAGUACUAUUGGACAAAGUUCAAAUAGCGUAGUUAAAUCAUAUUUGCCUGAA